AUGGCCCCAGAAAAGGAUCCAGCACAGACGGAAACCAUUGAAAAUGCUCAGGCUCAAGAGCGGCAACGCGCCGCCGAGUUCGAAGCUCCUAUGGAACAUAUUCAGGAGCUCAAGGAGGCUGAACACAUCAAUUUGAGCUGGCGAUCUUGGCUUGUGGUUUUCGUGACAUGUUUUGCCAUUAUGGCCCAAGUCUUUGUUGUCGUGGCAGCUGGAUCCGUUAUAGCAUUCAUCAUUCGAGACCUGGGUGAUGGAGCAAUCGCUGGUUGGAUUAUCCAGGGACCACUCCUCAUGCAGAGCGUGCUCUCGCCCAUUGUUGGACGGCUCAGCGAUGUGCUUGAUCGAAAAUACUUGGCGUCGAUUCCACCAUUGAUCGCCUUCGCCGGUGCAGUCAUUUCAGCAAAAGCAACAUCGAUGUCCAUGCUCAUCGGAGGGGGAAUCCUGAUCGGUGUGACAUUGAGCACGAUCGCAAUUGUCCAAGCCAUCCCCAGUGAGGUCUUGCCACUGAAGUAUCGAGCUCUUGCGAAUGGAUUUGCUUUCCUUGGAGGUGCCGUCGGCGGAUUAGUCGGUAUCCUGGGGUCAGGUGGAGUCACGAACGCGAGUGCAUCUGGCUGGCGCGACAUUUUUUGGAUGCAAGCAGCCUUCCAUCUGGCUACAUUCUUUGGGCUCAUUUUGUUCUACCACCCCAUUCGACGUUCGGACUAUCCCAAGAUGUCUCUGAAAGAAUACAUCUGGGCAUGCGAUCCAAUCGGAUCUUUCCUUUUCAUCAUAGCCUGUACCAUGCUGCUUCUGGCCUUGGACUGGGCUGGAGGCGCAUACGCUUGGUCGGAUGCUCAUGUUGCUGCUCCACUGGGCAUUGGCUUUGGAUUUUUGGCCUUGUUUUGUGCAUAUGAAUGGAAAGGUCGCUCGGAUGGUCUUGUGGCACAUGUCUUUUUCAAAGGCUCGCCCAACUUCGGUCUCUCGGUUUUCGCGUUCGCAGUCGAGGGAUGGCUCUUCUACAGCGCCGUCAACAGUGUCACUCCUCAGAUUGUCCUCAAUCUCGGCUUUGAGAACAAUGCAUGGGAUAUUUCCAUCAGACAGCUCUCCUAUAAUCUGGUGACCCUGUUUACGUCAAUUCCACUCACAUUGUAUGCCACGAAGUACAAGGACUUAAAGUCACCGUUGAUCGUGACGUUCCUGAUAUUCCUGGUCGUCACAAUUUGCUACUCGGUAAUCACACCUAAUAUGAACAAUGCUCAGAUCGGCUUCAACGUACUCUCUGGUAUUGGCCAGUCUGGACCUCUUACCCUUAUUGUCGCCUUGGUGCAGUUCACCGCGCCGCAUGCAUUCCUCUCCACCGCUACAGGUCUGGGAUUUUCAGCCCGCGCUAUUGGAGGAGCAUUUGGAUCUGCGGUCUUGGAUGCCAUUAUCAAUGGCAAACUCACGUCAUAUCCGACAAAGGUUGGCAAUGCAGCUGUUGAAGCAGGGUUGCCAGAGUCAUCUGUAUCUGCUUUGUUAGAAGCCUUGGCCACGGGAAUAGGGUUGUCCGACGUCCCUGGCGUCAAUGCGACAAUAGAGGCAAAGACGUUGGGUGCCAGCCACUGGGCAUAUGCCCACGCGUAUCGACUGGCAUGGGCGAGUAUCAUCCCAUUUGUUGUUCUUGCUCUUGUUGCGGUAAUUUUCCUGAAAGGGGUGAAAGAAUUGAUGACCGAGAAGGUUGAAGCAACGGUGGAACACCUCCAAACGAAGGAGCCAACCAAAGCCUGA